GCUCUACAGGACGUUCAAGGACAGCAAGUACCUGUACAUGCUGAUGGAAGCCUGCCUAGGUGGAGAGCUCUGGACAAUUCUCAGGGACAGAGGUUCAUUUGAGGAUUCUACAACCAGGUUUUACACAGCGUGUGUGGUCGAAGCUUUUGCCUAUUUGCAUUCCAAAGGGAUCAUUUAUAGGGACCUCAAGCCAGAGAACCUCAUUCUGGAUCAUCGAGGUUAUGCCAAACUGGUCGAUUUUGGCUUUGCAAAGAAAAUAGGAUUUGGAAAGAAAACAUGGACUUUUUGUGGAACCCCAGAGUAUGUAGCCCCUGAGAUCAUCCUGAACAAAGGUCACGACAUUUCGGCAGACUACUGGUCACUGGGAAUCUUAAUGUAUGAACUCCUGACUGGCAGUCCCCCUUUCUCAGGCCCAGACCCCAUGAAGACCUAUAACAUCAUAUUAAGGGGAAUAGACAUGAUUGAAUUUCCAAAGAAGAUUGCCAAAAAUGCUGCUAAUUUAAUUAAAAAACUAUGCAGGGACAAUCCAUCAGAAAGAUUAGGGAACUUGAAAAAUGGAGUGAAAGAUAUCCAAAAGCACAAAUGGUUUGAAGGCUUUAACUGGGAAGGGUUACGAAAAGGGACACUGACACCUCCUAUAAUACCAAGUGUUGCAUCUCCAACAGACACAAGCAACUUUGACAGCUUCCCGGAGGACAGUGAUGAACCACCCCCUGAUGACAACUCAGGAUGGGACAUAGAUUUUUAAAGUAUUUCUCUUACCUGCUUCUGCCUUGCUGAAGACAGCUUCCUGGGACAUGGCUGCCAGCAAAACCGAAAGAACUGGGGAGGAUUAGUGCUCGGGGUCACCAUGAUGCCUUGAUUGAUGCUGCUACAGUAACUACAGUGGCAUUAGGACUUAUCGCUUAGAUGACAAUAGCGCUCUUCAUGUUUUAUGUUCGAACUUAAAAUAGCAGUUGACAUGGUGGUCCUGACACAAGGCCUUUCACCAGUAAAGAAACCUGUUUUCUAUCACUGCGAAGAUCUUGCUACGCUCUUAAUUAUAAAAGUCG